CGACGAGGGACCAUGUCUGGCUUGGGCGGAUUCCAGCAGCUGAAGGACACUACGCCUGUGGUGCUCGACCCUGGUAUUCUGGGCAAGUUGUGGGGCAUUGCGCCUACCAUUGACGUGACCAAGGCGACCCAAAAUGAGAUCGCGAGAAACUUGUCGGAGCAGAUUGCAGAGCGAAUCCACAAGACGACGUCGCUGCAGAUCAACGCCAACGUCAAGAUCAUCGACAACUUGUGGGGAUUUGACAAGUUGACCGAGCUCAAGCUGGACAACAACUGCGUCGAGAAGAUCGAGAACAUUGAUCAUCUGGUGACGCUGACGUCGCUGGACCUCUCGUUUAACGCCAUUGAGACGCUCGAGGGCCUCGCGCCGCUGACCAACCUCACCGACCUCAACGUGUCGUCCAACAAGAUCUCCAAGCUCGAGGGCUUGGAGACGCUGUCCAAGUUGGAAAUCCUCAUGCUCGGGCACAACAACAUCGGGGCGCCAGCGAGCGGGGCCGAGGUCGACCCCAAGGCGCAGAUUCGCGAGCUCAAGUACCUGCGGCAGUUCCGCGAGCUGCAGAUGCUGACGCUCGAGGCCAAUCCGGUGGCGGAGAACCUCGACUGCGAAAAGUAUGUCAUCUCGCACUGCGAGAGCCUUAUGUACUACAACUUUCGGCUGGUGGACGACAACAUGCGCAAGCUCGCCGCCGAACGGUUCAACGACGACGUGGUCCUCAUCCGCGCCGAGGAGGCCGAGGCCGAGGCCGCGGCGGCGUCGGCGGCGGCGAGCCAGGCCAAGCUCGACGAGCUCAAGGCCGCGAACUUGCUCGGCUUCCACGGCCUCUUUGAGGCCAUGUUCCACGAGGACCCGGACUUUCCCAAGUGGUCGACGAUGCCGGGCCUCGACGCGCCGCUCGACAAGUACCGCGAGUCGUUUGCGGCCAUGACUGGUCCGUUCAAGGCCGCCAUGCUCGCCAUGCAUGCCCAGAUCCAGGAGCAGGUUGCCACGUUCUACGCCGAGAUGGCAAGCGCACGUGAGGCUGUCGAGGCCGAGGCCAUAGACGACAUUGCCGCCUUUGACGAGUGGCGACGCGGCGCGCUGUACCCGAAUCUCAACGCGCUCCUGCAGCAGGCUGCAAGCAACGAGUCGAUGGUCGACCUCUUUGACGACGAGCUGGAGCACAAGCUCCUACCGGCUAUCCAGGCGCUCGAGGACAAGCUGAUGGAGAUGGAGAUCUUCCAGGUCGAGCAGUUUGACGACGCCGUGGUCAAGUUUGAGCGGGUCAUCAACGACAUCACCUCCAACUACUCGUCCGACGUCAUCUCGUACGUCAUCGCCCUUCGCGACAUGGAGACUGAGUUCUCGUCCAUGUCGCUCAAGCUCGGCGAGCUCCUGCUCGAGCAGUUCCACGACGGCUCGCUCGAGGACGACAUCCCGCAGUCGCUCGGCCUCCUGCUGAACGACAAGGAGGCCUUUGUCAACAUGAUCUCGGCCUCGCACGACUUUCGUCUCGACAAGAUCAAUGCUAAGGAUGACGAGUUUACUCUCCGUAACCAGCAGGACGUCGACGCCAUUCUCGACAAGAUCCGCCACGAGCUCCGCGUCCGCAACCGCAACCGGGUCCAGGAGAUUGCCCAGCUCACCGAUCAGUACCGGGCCGAAAAGGUCAAGAUCGCCCGCGACGGCCUGCCGCAGAGCAUGCUAUAACGACAGUGUUGCAGGUAGUGGCCAUGUUGCGGUAAUUGAGUACACCGAGCGAGUGAGCAAGCGUGUUGAGCGUAAUUGCUGCUGGCGUCAUCGGCGGCAUCGGCAAAACGUGGUGACGGUGGAUGACGCCAUACGCAACCAUAAAACCAACGUUGAAGUUAUUAA